CUCUCUCUCUCUCUCUGUGUUUGGAGCCCUUUUCUCUGGGUGAGUUUUUUUCACGCCGCUCGUCUCGCUGAAGUUUUCAGAUCAUUGUCAUUUUUUACAUUUUUCCGCGGAGCUCCCUUUCGUUGGGAGGGAAGGACACAUUCGCAGAUCGAAAGCCUAUUGUGUUUGACUUUCCCGCUGUGCAUGGAUAUCUUUGACAGCCUCUGUACGUUCAUAUUUCCACCGUUGACGCGCUCGCGCACAGACACGUUCGGAAACGAAACGCGAAGCGAACCUUUUUGACAGCAGAGAUGUGGAGCCGAUAUGUUUGCUUUCUGUCUCGCUCAGUUCACCUGGAUCCCUCGACACUUCCAGCCUCUCGUUCCUCCAGAGGAAUCCAUCGCUUCCACCAGCAGGAACAGAGAGAGAGAGAGAGACACACACACAACAACAACAACAACAACAACAACCAAUUUGGAGGAAUACACAACUCCAGUCUGGUCUGGACCUCUGCGUCCCGAAGGUCGCAACGAAUUGAUAGCGAGGUACAUCAAGCUGAGGACGGGCAAAACCCGCACAAGAAAACAGGUGUCUAGUCACAUACAGGUGUUAGCACGGAAGAAAGUUCGUGAAUACCAGGCCGGUAUAAAGGUUUCUAGCCACUUGCAGGUUCUCGCCCGGAGAAAAUCUCGCGAGAUCCAGUCAAAGCUAAAGGCGAUGAAUUUGGAUCAGGCGUCGAAGGACAAAGCCCUGCAGAACAUGGCAGCGCUGUCGUCUGCACAGAUCGUCUCACCGAGUAUGAUAAAGAAUCACCUUCCACCACUGCCUCCUGCCCACUACCAACCACCCAGAUUCUGGCCUUCUCUGGCGGGACAGGCUGGACCCUCUCAGGAGCUGAUUCUAGAUCUCAACCCAGGAAGGACUCCAGGGCUUGGCCGCACCAGCCAUGCUCUCAAACCGUUUGCACAGUCCCCGUACCCGAGCCUGUCGGGUCCUAUUCCGCAAUCCAUACCAACUUAUGAGCCCUUGGCCCCUCCUCCUCCUCCAUCUGCUACUGCUGUGCCGGUGUGGCAGGACCGGACCAUCGCCUCCUCUAAGCUGCGGAUGCUGGAGUACUCGGCCUUCAUGGAGGUCCAGAGAGACCCAGACAACUACAGCAAACACCUGUUUGUCCACAUUGGACAGACCAACCCCUCGUACAGCGACCCGCUGCUCGAGGCCGUGGACAUCCGGCAGAUCUACGACAAGUUCCCAGAGAAGAAGGGCGGGCUCAAAGAGCUUUAUGAGAAAGGCCCUCAGAACGCUUUCUUCCUCGUCAAAUUCUGGGCCGACCUGAAUAGCAGCGGCAUGCAGGACGGGCCCGGUUCUUUCUACGGCGUGAGCAGCCAGUACAGCAGCCUCGAGAACAUAACCAUCACGGUGUCGACCAAAGUCUGCUCGUUUGGCAAGCAGGUUGUCGAGAAGGUAGAGACAGAAUACGCCCGGCUGGAGGGAGGAAGGUGUGUUUACAGGAUCCACCGCUCUCCGAUGUGCGAGUACAUGAUCAACUUUAUCCACAAACUCAAACACUUGCCGGAGAAAUACAUGAUGAACAGUGUUCUUGAAAACUUCACCAUCCUACAGGUGGUGACGAACCGCGACACCCACGAGACCUUGCUCUGUAUAGCGUUUGUUUUCGAGGUUUCCACGAGUGAACACGGAGCUCAGUAUCACGUCUACAGACUUGUUAAAGACUAACGGCUCCUCCGUGGAAUUUUUUUUGUGGAAAAGCCAGACUAAAGCGUCACACAAUCUCUCUUCGACCAGCUCAACCAUCCAGGAAAAAAACAACAACAACUACAACAAAAAACAUUCAAACAAUGCCCGACCGAGCUCACAUGGACACAUUUUCUGCUUUUAAAAAGUCUUGUUUGCGAGGAGAAAAAUCUCAACGUGCCGACGCGCAAAUCAAUUUUUGAAGAAUUAUGGAUUUUUCGAAACAACCAGCUAUUUUCCAUGUGUUUAAACAUGCUUUAGAUGAAGUGGGUCACUUUUUUUUGCCACGGUAAUUGAUGGAGCCUGAAAAUGUUUUAUUGAGGGAAUGAGAAUGUGUUGAAAAGACUCUUGUAGUAACGAGAGAACAGGACCAUGGAAGGGGAAAACCAGAGCCAAGUGGUGUUGUUGCAGUAGGUUUGUUUGGAAAGCAAGUGCCGCCUCGUCUCCAAGAUUAUAUCAUUGCCUGCCACUUUGGAUUGCGUUUUUCUUCUUCUUUUUUUUUUACUACCUCUUGUUUUUAAAACAGAAAAUAGUCAGACAGGUGUAUUUUAUCCAAAAGAUUGAAAAGAAACCUCUCGGAUUAACAUCUUUUGAGGCGUUUUUUAAAGUUUUAUUUGGACACACAGAAAUGGGAUGGUAUAACUAAUUUUCAUGUAGCCUGUUUUCUUCCCCGAUAAAGAUCAUCCCACGUUUUACAGUCCACGUGUAGAGGGAGAAGGUCAAUUGUGUUAUUUAGAUUCUGCUUUUAUUUUUAUUUUUUACAUUUUAUUACACAGUUCAAAAAUCAGCUCUUACAAGCAUCUAUCUAGAACUGACUUUUGACACUAGGGAUGCCUUGUAAAAUGCGAGCCUGACAUAAAGCCAGGGCUGUGCCAUCCUCACUGUUAAUUCUCUCUGUUUGAAGACGUGUGCUUGGUUGCACUUAAAAGAUCAAGAUGGGGAGACGAAAGCAACACCAGUGCUUAUUUUCUGCCUUUAGUUAUGUAGCCUAAUUGAAAAAAAAAUUGUUUCUGUACUGUGAGUCAGUGGAUGCUAAAGGAAUACGUGUUACAUAGGAGAAUUUUUUUGGAAGGCGGGGGACCUUUCUGUUCAUAUUUGUGUUCAAGUAACUCAGCACAGAGACCAUGGUUUAAGUGGGAGGGGGGGGGGGGGGAGUUAAUCGCUGUUUCUUUUGUUUAAAAAAGAGAUUGUAUGCUGUGAAGUCGGUUCAUUUGCUUCACCCUUCUCCGUUGUAACGUGUGGAGAAGCUGCAUUCGUUGAUUAAAGUUCCGUUUUGAUAUUUAAGACUCUUUUGUUGUUGUUGUUUUUUACUGAUAUUAAACAUAAACUAAUUUUGAAAUCAAACGAAAUAAUUGUCUUGAGAGCUAUUGUCUCUGUGCUGUGGAGUAUGACCAUUGAUUGUUAUUUAUAGGGUUGGAAGAGAAAUAGCGGGAGGGCGAGGUGGGGUACUGGAGAUGUAUUGAUCUUUUUCCACUGUGAUGGAGAUGUUAAAAGUAUUGCAGGACUCGUAUUAGAGACAGGAGAUCUGUCCCCCCAUGGAUCCUGCUAGACAAGUGUCUACUCUGUGUGGUUCACUGGACAAUUGUGUUAUAAAAGUUCAAAUUUAAGAUAUUGUGCGUUGGGAUAAUUGCACCUGGCUUUGAAUGUCAUAUUUCACAAGCUAGAUACAAUAACACUCCUCCUCUAGCAGGUUUCUCAAUUCAUCUUUUAUACAGACAUGUUUUUGCCAUUAUCAAGAUUCAUGUUUCCUUUUGAUUCUGUUGUCUUUUGACUUUCAGUGUUUGCCAUAUGCCUCACUGAAAAUAAUGUGUGAUUGUGCUGAUAUUGAGAAUUAAUAACGAGAUAUCUAAUGUAUCAUAUUCUGAAUGGUGUGGGCAGUUUUAUGUUGUUGUUUUUUUUGGUUUAAGGUGGUUUACUGUUGUCCUUGUUACCAUUGUGCAUUGCAAUUUUAUACUUCAAAGUAGAGGUUGGACUAUGUAAUCAAACAAAUGUAUCUAACAAUAAAAGACGCAUGGUGCCUUUGGGGCCAUUUUUCCCCAGAAAACGUAUUAAACAUGUUUGUAAAUUUG